ACACGGCGUCACAUGUUUUGCUCGGUAAACUGAUAGGGGAGGGAGUGUACACUGUAUCACUUCUGAACUGGGGAACGGAGUAGGAAAGAGGAGCCCGCAAAACACCUUCACAGCCUUACAUAAGAACUGAGGACGAAUGGAAGCAUUAAGUAAGAACUUUGUAUCGCUGUCUGCUUUGAAGAGGAGAAGUGAAGAUUAUGAGCCUCCAAGUGUAUCAGAGCUCAACCAUCUUAUGUGGACCAAAACAGGAAGUGGAAGUGGACAUGUGGAUCAGGUUUGGCCAAACCUUCACCUGGGAGAUGCGUGGACAGCUCGAGAUAAGGCAACUCUAAAGAGAUUGAGGAUUACACACAUCCUCAAUGCUGCUGAUGGAAGGUUCAACAUUAACACUGGAGCCACAUUUUACAAAGACAUGGGAAUACAUUACUAUGGAGUAGAAGCAUUUGAUGACCCAAAUUUCAAUCUUAGUUCCUUUUUUUACCCAGCUUCAAAAUUCAUCAGAGCUGGACUAAAUGCAGUUGGUGGAAAAGUGUUUGUUCAUUGUGCUAUGGGAAUCAGCCGAGCAGCAACUCUGGUCCUUGCAUUUUUAAUGAUCUGUGAAAAGAUGACUCUUGUUGAGGCUAUUAAAACCGUGAGCACUCAUCGAAAUAUCUCACCUAACAACGGCUUCCUCAGUCAACUCCGAGAGCUUGAUAAAGCCCUAAUGAGAGAACGGAAAAGAUGACUGGACAUUGAAUGCUAAACAUGUGGUUACCCCAUGGAGGUUUCAUUUACAAAAUAACUCUAUAGAAAGGAAUCUACGCACCAAAUACAAAUGGAGAUUUAUGAACCCUAGACUUUCAAUUUAGUUCAGCACCUUCUUGGAUACCUGAAAACUGAUGAACUGUUAUUAAUUAGAUUAACAUAGUUUUAUCAGCACCAAGGCUUACUGUUUUUCUUUAUCACUUGGGUCAGUAGAGGACUUGCAGUAACAACAGUUCAAUCAGAAUUCCUGAACACUAAUGUAGUGGAGUAAAUAGUUCAGAGAUUGAUGGUUUGAUGUAAUGCAUCUAAGACAGUCUUGUUUAUAAGUGUUUGAAGAAUUAAUAAAAACUUAACAUAAGAACAAAA